AGCCAUCAGCCAACAUGAUGGGGGGAGGAGGUUCAAGUUUGGUGUGAGGGGAUGGUGGACGACCUCCACACCCUGGAGCUGGCCCAGCACUUCCAGCUGACCAACAUGGAAGAGGAUGACCAGGCAUGGCGUGUGGAGGAAGACGAUGAGUCCCUGGAAUUGGAACGACAAUUCCAAUUAACCAGCAUGGAAGAGGACUUGGCAGCUGCAGAAUUCCUGGAAAACCUGACUGAGAUGUUAGACGGAUCCUCCGACAAUGAAGAAGCUUUACAGGGCCCAGAUGAACCAGAGGAGAUCAGUGCUGAAGUUAAGAGUAAGCUACACACAUGUCUUAGAUGCGAGAAAGUAUUUCCUAACCCUUCCUCUUUAAAGAAACAUGUCAUCCGACAGCACAAAGACAAGCAGACGUAUAAAUGUGACACAUGUGAGAAGACAUUCAAACAGAACAUCAACCUUGUGGAACAUAUGAGAGUUCAUACUGGAGAAAAACCAUUCCAGUGCCAGGUUUGUGAUAGAGAAUUCUCUCAUUCUGGGAGCUUGUAUCGGCAUACAAGGAUCCACACUGGGCUCAAUCCAUACGAAUGUUCCGUCUGUGACGCAAGCUUCACCACAACCACCAAACUAAAGGAGCAUGUUCUUAUCCACGUGGGAGAGAAGCCCUAUGAAUGUGAGCUUUGUGAGAAGGCCUUCACGCAUCACUCAUCUCUCAAAUACCAUAUGAGAAAACACACAGGGGAGAGACCAUAUCAGUGCGAUGUUUGCGAGAAAAGCUUUUACACAUCUUCCCAUUUGAUGCGGCAUGUGAAGAUCCACACUGGAGAUCGACCAUACAAGUGUGAGCUCUGCGGAAAGGCAUUCAUCCAGGCCGAAUUUUACAGGCAGCAUGUUAGAAAGCACACUGGCGAGACACCAUUUCAGUGUAAAGUAUGCAACAAAGGCUUUGUCGGAAAAUCUCACCUCAAAGAACACAUGAGAUCUCACACAGGGGAGCGUUUGUUCAAGUGUGAUGUAUGCGAGAAGUAUUACAGCAGCUCCAGUGCUUGCAAGAAGCACAUGAGGGUUUUCCAUGGAGAAAAGAAAUUCCCCUGCUCACAGUGCGACAAAACCUUUUCUUUGCCUGAAGCUCUGGAGAAACAUAAGAGAGUCCAUACAGGAGAGAAGCCAUUCCGAUGUGAUGUAUGUUCGAAGUGUUUCAUUGGCAAGAAAAAUCUCAAGGAUCACAUGAGAAUCCACAACACGGAAGGCUUUCCAUGUCAGCUCUGUGGCAAAAGAUACAGCAGCACUAGCAACCUCCGCAAACAUGUACGUGUCCAUCAUGGCGGCAAUCAGGUGACAACUGCUAAAGAGAAUGUCCAGGAUGUGCCACAGACCAACACGGAAACAGAGGUGUCUGUCCAGGAUUCUGUCUAUGACCUCCUGGAGAAUGAGGACACAGAGAAAGAUUAUGAAGAAGCAUCCUCCAUCUUGGACCUCUUUCAUGAGCUGGGAUCAAUCAGCAACUCUUUCGACCAGACUCAGGAUUUGUAAGUGUCUCAGAAAUAGGAUAUACAUCUUUGUAAAGCCAUGCAGCCGAGAGUGGACUGAAGUAUGUCCACCUCUGUCAGUGAAUAUUAUUGAGUUCAUUAUUAACUUUAUUACAUGGAUAUGUACACAUGGAUUGUACUACAUAUGAGAAAAUUGAAAUUGGAUACUAAUGUUUUGGAGUUAAGUCCAUGGUUCUACAUGUUUUGGAGAUCAGAGAUUUCCCCAUCUUCAAGUCUCUAUGACAUUCUGUUGGUUGCUAUUCUUACAUUGAUAUAGUCUCAGUACUGUUUGUGGCCUUCGUAUUUAUCAUAAUGUGUCAACUUUCUAUGAUGUAUCAGUGCACACUGUUGAUAAAAUAUUUUAAAUUUAUCACAAAACGCACAUCGAUCCUUCCUGUGAUGUGCUAGAGGUGAGACAGUGUAGGUUGUCCUGUCGGUUGCAAGGCGUUUUUUUGUACACAAGUCAGCAGCAGUGGUAGAUAUGAUAUUGAUGCAGUUACAAAGUAAGAGAGCAUAAAGUAUUCAUGAUCAGGAUUUUGCUCGAGACAAAUUUCAACAAAACAUUUUCAUGAUUUUUCCACUUUUGAUGGGACCUUCUUCUAUAGCAUUACAAAGUUGGAAAGAAAUUUCUGGACUUUUUCAGUGACAAAGUCCAGUUUAACCUAUUUGAAAAUUGAAGCCCUGAUUUCUAAUUUCUAAUACUGCAUGAUGACAUGUUCCUCAUGAUUAUUAAUGAAUUAUAUCACUGUUGUUCAACAUAGUUGUGGAAGCACUGCAAGUAUGUUGAUGAGCGCACCCCUUUUCAUCCUCUUCACUGUCACAUCUCUAGCUUGCAUACUUUGUGAUCUGUUCUGAAGCCUCUAGAGUCAGUUCCAAAGGUUCUUUCUUUCUGGGAGUAUGAUGCUCAAUAUGUUUGUUAUCUGUUAUUCUAACCAAAGGAUGAUUUUUAUACUCUAUCAUGUUACU